AUGGCUACACGAACAUCAUCGCGACGUGCGGCUCAGAAGGCCAAGGAAGCCAUUGCGACCUCUGCCGAGCCGUCUAAAGCGGCUUCCCAAGGCACCAAGCGGAAGGCUGUAACCGAGAAAGCUCCAAAGCUCAAGAAAGAGAGGACCGAAGAUGUGAAACCAGAAGACAUCAAAUCAGAACAAAAGCUGGAAGAAGUAGCACCGAGCGCAAUGGAAAUUGCCCCCCCAACGCCAGAGUCAGUCAAAGCACCAAAUGAAACGGACAAGAUAUCUGGAACCCAGCCCGAUGAAAAGCCGUUCAAGCAAACGGAAAGCAUUGAUGCGGGCAUCCGUAAGUCCGAGGCAAGAGAAGACGUGGUACCCUCCAUCAUCCUCGAGAAGGGUUUCAUAUACUUCUUCUUUCGACCACGCGUCAACAUAGAAGAGCCCCACGGCAUUGAAGACAUUGCCCGAAACUUCUUCGUGCUGCGUCCAACCCCAUUAGGCGCAAAAUUCGAUCACGGCCAAGGCCCCGUGGCUAAAGACGCCCAGUGUCGCUUGAUGAUACUUCCGAAGAAGAAAUUCCCAACAUCUGGCAGGGAGAGAUAUAUGGGCUUUGUCGAGAAGUCUGGCCAAUCUAUGCAAGCACUACAUGAAAAAUUCAUUGCUGGAAAGACAUACCAGACCAAGACUAUGGGUGAACGUCACACCGAGGAAGCCACACCUUACGCGGAAGGUGUCUACGCGAUUACCUCCACACCGCGAGCCUCCCAUCUUGCGUAUAUCCUGACCAUCCCUGCUGAAUUGGGAGCUGUUCAAGAAGAGUUUGGUCUUUAUGAACGCGGAAGUUGGCUUGUUCAGUCUAAGAAUCCUAAGUAUCCUGGUCCACCGAUUGGGCAGUUACCAAAGGACCCAGAGUAUCCCCAGUCGGUACUUGAAAAGUUCGGAGAUCUCCGAUGGGUGCCUCUGAAACCAGAAUUCUUGGACUAUUCAAACGCCCAAUUUCUUAUGAUCGGCGCGGCGCAGAAUACUCUUGGUAAAGCCGCUACUUCACAGGGUGAGAAAUCGCCUCACGAAGAGGAGCCCGGUGAGGAGUUAGAGAAAUUGGAAGGUGAAAAUGAAGAACGAAUCCAUGCUCUACAGGGAGACGCAACUGUCUACCAAGACCUGGGAUAUGACGCGAAAAGUUACCCGAAAAUGCCGACAACUUGGAACACUUGA